AUGGCCCAAGAGGAGAGCAGCACCAAUCCUAGAUUGGAUCAACUCACCAGCAAACGAUUCCCAGCUCCCAUAAAAUUUCCAUUUACAGCCUACUCUCACUGCCACGACCUGCUCGCAAUCGUUACGUCCAUCUGGGAUGUCAACGUCUUCCGCAUCACAAAUGGGCAGCUCGCCUACCACAUCAAGCAAAUCAAAAAGGAAGUCGAAGUGACUGCCUUGAGCUGGAAAGCGGAUGGGACUUGUCUUGGCAUCGGCUGGAGCAACGGGCAUUACGCGAUUCACGAUGGCGGGACUGGGAAGCAGAUGCAGCUUGUGAGCUUGCAGCCUGAAGGCGGCGAGGAUGAGGAGUGGUUGCUUGAUUUGAGGAUCAAGGAGCCUGAACCUGCGAAGCCUGCUCCUAUUCAACAGCCGGCGGAUGACAAGCCUGAACCUGAACCUGAACCUGAACUUGCGCCUGAGCCUGAGGAACCAAAGCCUGAGCCAUUGAAGGUCGGAUGCUUUGGCUGGAUGGGCCAUGAAGCUGGCAGGAAUGUGAGACGAAAAGUCACAGAAGAGCUCACGACAGAUGACUGGUACGAUGGGCUUGACGAGAUCGAGGAAGCUGCUGGGAGUGCUAAGAAGAAGCUCGAUGCAGCGUUGAUGGACUUACCACGAGCUAUUACGACACUGGACGUGACGAAAGUUCUGCCCAAACUAAGCAAUAUUCAGACCCAUUCUACGUCCAAUACGAAGGUGUUUGGAGCGUUAAACAAGUUCGGCAACCAACAGGCAACAAAUACUUUGUUCCAUACCCGCAAGGAUACGGCAUCCAAUGUUGUUCAGAGUGUACUCGUCUGUCAGGAAGAUGGUGUUGUGCAGGUCUUCCUCGAUGAGACGGUCAAAGUUGGAAGCAACUCUAUCCCGGGCAAGCCCAUCAUGCACGCCGCUCACCCAGAGAGCGCCAGCCACGCCAUUCUAUCAGACACAGGAAACUCGAGUUUGACUCUGAAUUUGCUGGACCUGCCUCUACAGGCGCUGAGCGGACCACUGCUCCAUGUGAUUGGAACCAACAACAAACGGAUACAAGUGCUACUGGAAUAUAUCGUGCAGACAGUGCGGUGUAUCGAACACGAUUUCACAACCAGCAUUGCAUUGCCGCAAAGGCUGAUCGACAAUCUCUCAGCCUUUCUAGAAACUGAGCUUGAGUCCGAUCCAGUGCUAAAUCUCUUCAAUUUGGCAAUGACUGGCGGCUUCAAUGAACCCCUGAAAGAAUGGUUCACCAAUGCCAUUACCCGCCGCCACAAGGACUGGGAACAAACAAUCAAUUCAAUGUACACACAUCUGCAGAAUCACGUCUUCAUCAAUCUCCUGCCUGCGCUGGACCGCAUGAGCAUAGCCCUCACCACUCUUCGUGGGCUCGCGAACUUUUACGAAGGCUCAAGCAAGUUCGAUUGUCCGGCUGAGUUGUUCACCAAGAUCCUCGAGCAUGUCGACAGCUUGCGGCUUGUUGCACAGAAGAUGCAAUUGAUCAUCCAGAUGGAGCACCGCCAAUUCCGCGCAUUCUACAAAUGGGUGAAGAUGGAUCUUGAAAUCGCAAUCGCAGGACCACUAUCGAACAGCGCGCUUGAGAUUGAAGACCGAGAAGUGCCAAACUUGGACUAUGCUCUGCUACUGCCCUACAUCAAGGAGACGUUAAUGCGCAGCAGGCUGACGCCCCAUGUCGAGACUAGACCGGAAAUAGGAGAGAGCUGCAGUAAGGACGAGUUCUUCCAGAAACCCAUCAUCCAAGACAUCAGCUACGAGCGGACGAAAGAAGCCCUGCAACAGCUCAAUGGCCUCAAAUCAGACGCAGAACUGAAGAUCAAGGACGUCCACGAUCCAUGUUCUCUCCUCAACCUCCCAGCCCUCACCGCAGGCCUCAUAGGCCACGUCCGCCUCGCCCUCACACGCAUCACCGAAUGGCAAAGCCGCAUGCUCUCCCACCCAACCUCAAUACCGCUCCCUUUGGACCCCGGCACAACAAUUCUAGACAUGAAAAUGAGCAGCCAACCCCAGCAAGACGAAGACACCCAACCAUCCUCAAGCACAACCUCCCUCCUCGCCCUCCAGCCCGGCUCCAAAACCGACCUCCACAUCCUGCACAUCACCCACUACUCCACCGCCACGGGCAGUCCCUCCAAACGCCCCUCCCCAACCUCCUCCUCUACCCAAACCACGCACUUCUUCCCCGCGAAAGGCGACCUCCUCGACGCGAAAUGGAUCCCCUACACCAACAACACCUCCUUCCUCACCCUCUUCAAAUUCCUCGACGGCCACACCAAGAUCACCAAACACAGCCUCUCGCAGGAAGACAAGGAGACGUUGGAGUCGGAAGAAAUCCAGCACGUCUUCGCGGGGAAAGAGGGGUUCAGACCGGUGAAGUUGAUCGUUGGGGGGAGGAAGGGGAGGUUGGUUUGUGUGGUUUUGGGGAAUCGGGGGAGGGAGUGGAGGGUUUUGGAUUUGGAUGGUGGGGUGAAGAUGGAUGAUGGAGAUGGGGAUGAGAUGGGGAUGAGAUGA